AUGCCAUCUUCCCGUGCUCUGACGUGCACAACUGAAUCUGGAUCUAUCCUCGUUCAGCUCCCCACCGAGAUCCAUUACCAUAUUCUCGACUUCUUGGACUUGGAAGAUGUCUUUCUUUUGGGUCUUAGCUGCCGGAGGCUGUGGACCCUCGUGAGACCACUAAUCGCAAAACAUUUUUCGGGCUACCUAGGUGUUUGGGCAGGAAUUCCGGUCAUCUGUGUGGGUGAUUCAAUCGAACACAGUGGAAAUACCCAGUAUCCUGACGGCAUGCUCUCCCCAGACGAGUUGAAAGAAUUGGAUGAGGGCCUGGAAUUUGAAGAAUUAGAGAUCGAGCUGGGCGGCGAACUGGCGGAGGAGCUGGCUGAUAAACCUGUCAGUUUGUAUCAAAUGGCCGACGCUCGAUACACCAGCAUCACCACAGUUACAACGCGUUUCCCGCACGAUCUAUUUGGGCUCGCCCUCGGUCUUCGAUACGGACACCCUACCCCGGUAGACAUAGUUCAAGUGGCACAUCCAGAGCCACAGAGUUACUAUCCAUGCAAUCAGAAGCACAUUCAAGGCCCGUUUAUCGAUAUACUAGGGUAUGGUGAAGUCAUCCUCUAUAAGACUUGCUGGUCAACCUCCGAUUAUUCGUUGAUACGGGGAAAAGAGAUGCAUCGAGGGGUUUGGGCUGGCCACGCACUCGAUAUAGUCCCCACGAGCCACCUGAGUGGUGAUAUUUCAUGGAAAGAUAUUAGUGACAAGAUUGCACAAGAGAUCUCGGAAAUUUGGGGAGAGGUCUAUGGGGAAAACUGGAAAACCGAUCUGGUCACGGAACGGCGCCGCUGUUAA